AUGAGUUCAAGGAAACCUGCUGCCACCGUGACCCUCGCCAGCAUCCUCGCGGUUGGACUCGCGUCCACCGACAUCCCGAUCUCCGUGCAGUACGACGCGACCUACUCGCUGCCGAAAUCUCAUGGUUUUCCCUGCUCUGGUGAUGGACCAGAACCUGAAAUUCCAACGCCGUACCCGACCGAAGAACUUCCGACUCAAUAUCCGACAGUGGAAAUAUUGACGCCGUACCCGACCGAAGAGCUUCCGACGCAGUACCCGACAGUGGAAAUAUUGACGCCGUACCCGACCGAAGAGCUUCCGACGCAGUACCCGACAGAGGAAAUAUUGACGCCGUGUCCGACGGAAGAUGUCUUGAUGCCGUACCCAACCCAAACCGUCUUAGCUCCGUAUCCGAGUGAGGAAGCUUCGUCGCCGUACCCGACCGAGAACAUUCAGAUGGAGUAUCCGAGUGACGAAAUCACGACGCCAUGCCCGACAUCGACACCGUACCCGACCGAGGAGGUAUCGACACCGUAUCCAACCGAUGACAUCUCGACAGAGUACCCGAGUGAGGAAGCAUCAACGGCGUACCCAACUGAAGCGCCCUACUCUACCGAGGAGGUAUCGACACCGUAUCCAACCGAUGACAUCUCGACAGAGUACCCGAGUGAGGAAGCAUCAACGGCGUACCCGACUGAAGCGCCCUACCUUACCGAGGAGGUAUCGACACCCUACCCGACAGAAGAAGUCUUGACACCCUACCCGACCGAGGAAGUUUUGACGCCGUACCCCACCGAAGAGAUCCCGACCGAUUACCCAACCGAAGAGACUCCGACGGAAUACCUGAUGGAGGAGGCCUCGACAAAGUAUCCGCCUGAAGAUGUCGCGACGAAGUACCCGACCGAAGAGGUCACCACGGAGCCUCCAACAGCACCGUGCACUGACCAGGACACAAGCGGUAUUGAGGGUGGAGAACAAAGUUCACUACUUCAACGCUGGUAUCUAUUCCUCAACGGUUUGAGCAAACGUUUCCAACUUCCGUGAGCGAGAUGACUUCAACGGCGGGUAGACGACUGGGCUAAACAACGGACAGGCGGGGAGUAUUGCUGCUUACCAUGCUGCCCAUUGAUCGGUCAGAGUCUCCAACCAUUCGACAGCCACUUUUCUUUUUGACAAAACAGAUAAUUGCAUUUAUUUCAUUCAUCGAUUCGCCAUAAUGAGUUUGCUUAGUACUCAUCGAUUUCUCUACUUUCGGAAAAUAUAUUAGUUCUCACAGUCGUCAGCGGUAACCGUUCUGCUGAGUCUCGAUCACGAACUGUUAUUACUCCAAUCACAUCUCACCGUUUC